CAAAUCUUCAAAUGGCUAGAAAAAAUAAACCUAAAAGAAUACUACAGACUAUUCAAAGAAAAUGAUAUAACAAUAGAUUUAAUAACUUCUCUAGAUUAUCAAUUGCUAAAAGAACUAGGCAUUAAAAAAGUUGGCGAUAUUAUCAGAUUCCAAAUCUCAAUUGACAAUUUGAAAUCAGAAUAUUUAUUAAAUUCUUCAAGUUUUAAUGAUUUCAUUCAAAACUACUUAUACCCAAACUCCACUACUACUACCACUACCACCACCACCACCACUAUUACUAAUAAUAAUACUCUUGAUAAUAAUGAUAAGAAACUAAACAUAUUUCCAUCAAAUUUAAAUCCAAUUACCCCAAUAUCUUUAGCUACCCCAACCUCUUUGACAAACUUGAUUCAAAAAAAUAUCGUAACCUUCAUCAUCAGUGAUGGCUCAACAAAAAAGAUUAAUAUAGAAGGCUGCUCAAAUUCUGACUCCAUUAAAUCAAAAGCGUUGAAAAAAUUCAAUUUAUCUGGCAUCCCCAACGAUUACAACAUCUACUAUUUAAACGAUAAAAGGAUCAUCGAUAGAAUCAUUAAUGAUUACGACUUGAUUCAAAUUUGCUUUUCGCUAACUUCUUUUGAAAAAGAUCGCUUGAUUCUAACUCUAAGAGAUCAUUAUCCAAACGAAACAUCAAUCAACAUCUCUCAUCGCCUAUAUAAAAAGCCCUUGAAUAACUUGAAAAACAUAUCUGAAAAUUUAAUUUCAAACUCAAAUUCAAACUCAAAUUCAACUCGACCAAAAUCAAUUUUAAAGAACAAAAACUUUAAUACUGACAAAUUUAUUGAUACCAAUAACACUAUCGCCAAUACUAUCACCAAUACAAAUCUUAACGCCAAUAUCAGCAUCAACAAAAAUCCCAACACGAACGAUUCUAUAAAAUUGAAUCGCCCUUUAAAAACUGUCUAUGGUCAAAGACCACCAAGUGAACUAAUCUCAACCAAUUUAGCUGAAUAUUUUCCAAAUGCAAAUUCAAAUGACUUGAUGGAAACAAUCAAAAACUCAGCUGAAUUAUCAAAAGCAAUCUCAAGAUUAACGACCUUUUCUGACAGUAACUUUCCAAACUUAAAUAUCAGUGAUGAUAUCAGAUCUUCCAUAUUAACUUUCAAUAGUAAUUAUAAUUACCGUAAUUCCCACAAUUUUCAUAAUAGUCUCAAUACUAAUACUAAUACUAAUAACAAUAAACAUAUCAGCAAUAAUAGUUUAAUUGGCUUGAGAUCAUCAAGAAUAAUAGGCGAUUCAUACAAGAACAAUAACCUUGAUAUAAACAAUUUUAAAUCUCAACCAAAAGUAAGACAAAUUUCUAGAUCAAGAUCAAAAUCAAGAUCAAGAUCAAGGCAAACCAACAUGAAAUCUCCUGUGGUAACCCAAUUAUCCGUUUCAACUCCUUUUCAAAAUUCUCCCUUGCUGAGAGUCUCUACUGAUUUUGAAAAUUUAAACUACUCAUCAGACGAAGAAGAUUUUGAUGAAUUUUAUAAACAUAAUGCAAAUUUGGAAAAUGAAAAAUGGAUUAAAGGUGCUAUAAUUGGAAAUGGAAGUAUCGGAGUGGUUUAUUUGGGCUUAAAUUCAUUCACCGGAGAAUUGAUGGCAGUUAAAGAAAUUGAAAUUAAUAACGAAACUGAAAUUGAUAAUGAAAGUAGAAUUACAAACGAAAAAGUUAUAGCCAAGAAUUUGGAAAACGAAAUCAAUUUAUUGAAACAUUUGAACCAUGAAAAUAUUGUAUGCUAUCUAGGUUCGACAUAUAAUUAUGAUUUUAACUAUAUUAGCAAUGAGGUUGGAAAUUACCUUAAUAUAUUUUCAGAGUACAUACCCGGAGGAUCUAUUUCCUCAUUAUUAAUGAACUAUGGGAAAUUGGAAGAACCAUUAAUAAGAAAUUUCAUCAAGCAAAUAUUAACUGGAAUAUCAUAUUUACAUUCAAACAACAUUAUACAUAAGGAUAUAAAGGGCUCUAAUGUUUUAAUUGAUAACAAAGGAUGUAUCAAAAUCUCUGAUUUUGGAUUUUCAAAGAAAAUUUGUUACAGCCAGUACAAGUAUAGGAAAAGCGAUAUUGCAGACAUCAGUGAAGUCCUAGGGCCAUCUGUUUACUGGAUGGCACCCGAAGUAAUUACGGAAUACAGUUUUAGUGAAAAGACAGAUAUUUGGUCUAUUGGGUGUUUGAUGGUUGAAAUGUUCACAGCCCAACAUCCCUUUCCCAAUUUCACAAUUGAAGAAGCAAUCUUUCAAAUUGGCGAGAAUAAACAGUGUCCGACAUUGCCAGAAAAUGCAAUCACAAAUGAUGCAAGCGAUUUCUUAAACCAGGUCUUUUCGGUAGACUCCAGAAGACCACCAACAGUGAGCGAGUUGCUACACCAUCCCUUCAUCAGCACUGUGUUGCUAUAA